CAGAGGACAGACAGUCCAGCGUCCAGACGUCGCGACGCCUCGAGGUGUCCUGGGAGGAUGGCGCUAUCCGUGGGGCGAGUGCCGUGGACCGCUCUGGUUCUGUUUCUGGCCGCAACUGGGGGAUCCUUGUCGGAGCCCGCGAACAAGUCCAGGACUUUCAAAGACCACCCGAACUCCGUGUACUAUGACAGAAGCUCACUGGACGAAGUGCAGCUCAAUGCAGAUACGCAGGCCAACGACUCCAGGAGACUGCCCACCAGCGUGUGGCCCGAGAGCUACUUGCUCUGGCUCGUGCCGCACCUGGAUGACGGCUCCUUCCUGCUGGAAGGCCGCGCCAACAUCACCCUGCUGGCGCGCGCCAACACCAGCUCCGUCACCUUGAACGCCGCGGACCUGGCCGUCGAGGGGUGUUCCGUCUCGGAGGUCGCCGACGGGGCUCCCCUGGACGAGUGCGGGUUUGAGGUCUACCCCGAGCUGGGCUUCCUGGUGGUCAACGUGACCUUGGAGGCCGGACGGCGGUACCAGCUGAGCCUCAAAUACUCCGGCCGCAUCGGCGACGGCAUGAGCGGCUUCUACAGGAGCUACUACUACAGGGACGGCGAGAAGAGGUGGCUUGCGGCGACGCAGUUCUCGGCCGACGGCGCGCGCAGGGCGUUCCCCUGCUUCGACGAGCCCGCCUUCAAGGCCAGGUUCCAGGUGAACAUCGCCCGGGACGGCGGGAGGCACUCGCUGUCCAACAUGCCCGUCGAUGGAGUCCCGGAGCACGACUCGGGCCUGAACCUGACGUGGGACCGCUUCGAGGAGACGCCGAUGCCGAUGGCGACCUACCUGGUGGCCUUCCUGGUGUCGGACUUCGCCAGCGUGACCUCGGCAGACGGCAGGCUCAGGACGUGGCAGCGAGGCGACGCCGUGCGCCAGGGCGACUACAGCGCGACUUUCAGCCCCGACGUCCUGGCGGUGCUGGAGAACUACACCGGGGUGGACUACUUCCUGCCCAAGCUGGACCAGGAGGCCGUCCCGGACUUCGCCGCUGGGGCCAUGGAGAACUGGGGGCUCGUCAAGUACAGGGAGCGCAACUUGCUGUUCGACGAAGGGAACUCGACAUCGUCCAACAAGCAGAGGAUAGCCGAGGUGAUCGCCCACGAGCUGGCGCACAUGUGGUUCGGCAACCUGGUCACCCCGGCCUGGUGGUCGUACCUCUGGCUCAGCGAGGGCUUCGCCACCUUCUUCCAGUACUUCGCCGCGGCCCAGGUCGAACCAGAGAUGCGAUUGGCGGAGCAGUUCGUGAUGCUGCAACACCACACGGCCUUCCAAACUGACUCCCUUCUUACGACUCACCCUAUGACAAAGGAAGUCUUGUCUACGGAAAUAGGGACGCUGAUAUCGCAAAUAGUCUACAAUAAAGCUGCGUCUGUACUUCGGAUGACUCAGCAUUUCCUCACAUCAGAUGUUUUCUACGCCGGUCUGAACAUAUAUCUAACACAGAUGGCCAACGGGACGGCGGUCCCUGAAGACCUGUUCGCGGCCCUGCAAGAAGCAUACUCGCAGCAGUCCGAGGGACAGCGGGUGGACGUCGUCCAGGUGCUGGACUCGUGGACCAGUCAGCCGGGCUACCCGGUCCUCACCGUCACCAGGGACUACGCCGCCGGCUCGGCCAACAUCAGCCAGAAGCGGUUCUUCCUGAGCAGCGGCGAUGCUGCCGACGGCACCAACAACACCAACUACACCUGGUGGAUCCCCAUCACAUACACCACGCAGCGAGACCUGGACUUCAACAGCACAGCUCCCCGGACGUGGCUGAACGCCACGGAAGCCGCCAUCACCAACAUGAGCGCCUCGCGCAGCCAGUGGGUCAUAUUCAACAUACAAGAAACAGGCUUCUACCGCGUGAACUACGACCCGGAGAACUGGCGCCUGCUGGCCGGCUACCUCGACUCGGAGUACUUGGACGAGAUCCACGUCCUGAACCGCGCCCAGCUGCUGGACGACGCCCUCAACCUGGCCCGCGCCGGCCAGCUCGAGUACAGCGUGGCGCUGCCGCUCACGCGCUACCUCGCCAGGGAGACCGACUACAUCGCCUGGUACCCGGCCCUCGCCGCCCUGUCCUUCCUCGACCAGAGGCUCCGCGGCCUGGGGGAGUACCCCCACCACGUCUUCCAGACAUAUAUUCUGACUCUUCUUGAACCUCUAUACAAGUCUCUGGGUUUUGAAGAGAGACCGAGUGAUGACCAUACUACGAAGCUCCUGAGGAAUUUGGUGCUCACCUGGGAGUGCAACUAUGGACAACGUGACUGUGUAUCAAAGGCCACGGAACUAUUCAACAACUUCACCAACAAUGAAACACUAUUUAGUGUUCCGCCGGACCUGAGGUCGGUGGUGUACUGCGCCGGGCUGCGGCACGGCGGGGAGCGGGAGUGGCAGUUCCUGUGGGACCGCCUGGGGACCACUCAGGUCGCCACGGAGGAGGGCCUCAUCAUGACGGCGCUGGGCUGCACCCGGAACGAGACGCUCGCCCACAGGUAUCUGGAGAAUACUAUCGACUCUAACUCAACCAUCAGACCUCAAGAUAUUUCGAGCAUUUUCCCUGCGCUGAAGGAAGUAGUCGCCAACAUCACGGCCGACAUCGGCUCCGACACCCUCCUCAGCAGCCUGCAGUCGGCCGAGACAAACCUCCAGUGGCUGCAGACCCACGGAGCCGCGGUGUCCGACUGGCUGAAGCAGCAGGACUACCGACUGCCCACCAGCAUCCUGCCCGAUUCGAGGGCCGCGUCAACAUAA